AUGCGUUGGUCCUCCUUUGUCACUGUUUUCGGUGCAGCACUGCUCCCUGCGGCCAGUGCCCGUGCCCUCUGUCGUCCUGAUCGAUCGACUACGAUUGCCGCUUCUGCUUCUGCUGAGACAGCGACUACCUUGGAGACAUUGAGCACCGAUGCUGCAACAAUCGAAACAUCGGCUACCGUGGAGAUCACUGACGCUUCGGAGACCACCAUCGCCGAGACUCAAACAGCUACUGCCACGACAGACAUUACGACAGUCAUGAAGAGCAGCGCUACCGAGGCGCCUUCCACUACACAGGCAGCUUCCACUACCGAGGCCUCAACUACUAUCUCCGAGGCACCUGUGAUCACCGAAUUCAUCAUGAACGGUAAUUUCGAGGAUAUCGUCAACACCGACUGGGCCUUGAACGCUGCCACUAUUCAAGAGCACAGCACAAAGGCUCGUGUCGGCAGGAGAUACGUGGAAUUCAGACUCAAUAAUGAGGUUGCCGAUGGAUCAAAGCGGCUUUCCCAAGCCGUUUCCGGGCUCAGCACUGAACGAACAUACCGACUUAGUGCACACGCCAUUCUCUUCAAUGACCCAGUAAUUGUCAAGGGCGCAUCUGACAUUUGUGUCAUUGAAGUCGCCCAGGGCACCCCGUCGUUCGAAAUGAGGCUCGCGCAGUGGGUUUUUAACUUCGAUAAUCUCGAACAGUACACGCAGUACAAAGUCGACUUUUCGCCAUUGAGUACUGGCGUCUCUGUCGUGUUCAAACUUAAAUGCACCAUAGGCUCUAGAGUAACGUUGGCUGUAGGACUCGAUGAUAUUUCUCUGGUGGACAUUGGCCCCAAGAUAGUAGGAUGA